AUGGGGGUCACCGUGGAGGUGCACCAGGUGUACAAGUACCCCUUCGAGCAGGUGGUCGCCAGCUUCCUCCGAAAGUAUCCCAACCCCAUGGACAAAAAUGUCAUAUCGGUAAACACCGUGGAGGAAAAAAGAGAUGUGUCAACAGGGAUCAUCUAUAGAAAGAGGAUUGCAAUCUGUCGGAAUGUGAUUCCAGAAAUUUUAAGGAAGGUGAGCAUUUUAAAGAUACCUGAUAUCCAGUUAGAAGAGGAAUCCUGGCUCAAUCCCCAGAAAAGAAGCAUGGCUAUCCAGAGUCACUGUCUUACGUGGACACAAUAUGCAUCCAUGAAGGAAGAGUCUGUCUUCCAGGAAAGCCUGGAAAACCCAAAUUGGACAGAGUUCAUUCAAAGAGGCAGGAUUUCAAUCACAGGAGCUGGCUUUCUCAACUGCAUUUUGGAAACUUUUGCCAGCACAUUCUUAAGACAAGGAGCCCAAAAGGGAAUUAGAAUAAUGGAGACGCUCCUGAAGGAGCAGUGUGGUGCCCCCUCAGCCGAGUAA